UGUUUCAAGAAUCUCAUUUCGAAUUGGCGAUUGCUCAAGGAUACAAGUUGCACAACCAACUUUUAUUUCGUCAUUGAGAGAAAAGGAAAUGGAAGGCGAUUACGAGAACAUUUAUUCCGAUGAAAAUAUAGAAGUAAAGGAACUUGGUGAUUCUCGAUACAGUACAAGCUUUCAUGUUUCCAAGAAAUAUUUUGGGUUAGUAAUAGGAAGUCAACAACACACGAAAGACAAAAUUGAGCAAGACACCAAGACGGAACUGAUGAUACCUGGUCAUGGUCAAGAUGGAGAUAUCACUAUACUGGGACCCACUGCUGCAAAUGUGAAAGCCGCAAGACGGCAAAUAAACAUGAUAGUUGUGUCCUCGCGAAUGAAACAGAGGCCUACGCAUUUCAUUUCAAUACCUAUGAAUAAGCCGGACAUCAUGGACAACUUUACACGAUUUCAGGAAGCUGUCCUUCGUGAUUGUCAAAACCGUGGGUUACAUGAAUCUAUCUUUAUUAAGCCCAGCAAAAUCCAUCUAACCGUAGGAGUAACGUGUUUGACGGAUAAUCAGGAAAAGAUUUUUGCUUCCAACUUGCUUACAGAGGCCAAGGAGAAAGUUAUAAUCCCACUGCUUCAAGAUCAUUUGCCUCUAAAAAUUCGAAUUAGGGGCUUGUCCAACAUGGGUACCGAUUCCGGAAACAUGAGAGUUCUUUAUGCUAAAGUUGAAGAGCAUGAGUCAACGCCCGGUAUCCUACAGCAGUUAGCUGAUAAAAUUGUCGAUUUUUACAGCAGGAAUGGUUUAAUGAAUAAAAACGAAUUUGGCCGAGACAGCGUCAAAUUGCAUGUAACGCUCUUGAACAUUAAGUAUAGGAGUAAAUCAUCCCAGAAUUCUCAGGACAUUCGAGUUAAAAAAAAUAAAAGGAUCACAUUUGACGGUGCUGACAUACUUGAUAAGUUCGGCAAUUUCGAUUUCGGUGUGUUGGAAGUGACUGAAAUUCAUUUGUCUCAAAUAAGUACCAUCGGGCUCGAUGGGUAUUAUGAACCUACUUUUAAAAUAUCUAUUCCUUAACAGUUGGACCAGUUUUUUUUCAUAUCGUGAUUGGUUGUGGAAAAGAAAUCAACUUUAAACCGUGCAAUAUUAUUAAAAGUAUAUUUAAAUUUUAUUAUUAAAAAUAUAUUUAAUGAAUGGGAUUAAAUAA